GAGCCCCUGACCCGGGCGAACGGCAGCGAGUGUUCUUACAAGCUACUAUGGAAAAGAAAAAGGGAAACUAGGGGAUUUUCUUAUCAGUUUUCCUUUGAACACAGUGAUCCCGUGACUUUCCUUCUAUAUUUCAAGAUAUUACUUUCUAAAAGAAUAUGACAGAUACCUAGCAUCUAGCAAAACCAUGGCAGCUGCUUAUCUUGAUCCAAAUUUGAAUCACGCCCCAACUUCAAGUACAAAGACACACCUCAGUACUGGGAUGGAGCGGUCUCCUGGGGCAAUGGAGCGAGUAUUAAAAGUCUUUCAUUAUUUUGAAAACAGUAGUGAGCCAACCACAUGGGCCAGUAUUAUCAGGCAUGGAGAUGCCACUGAUGUUAGGGGCAUCAUUCAGAAGAUAGUGGACAGUCACAAAGUAAAGCAUGUAGCCUGUUAUGGAUUUCGACUCAGUCAUCUUCGUUCGGAGGAAGUUCAUUGGCUACAUUUGGAUAUGGGUGUUUCCAAUGUGAGGGAAAAAUAUGAACUGGCCCACCCACCGGAGGAAUGGAAAUAUGAGUUGAGAAUUCGUUACUUGCCAAAAGGAUUUCUGAACCAGUUUACAGAAGACAAGCCAACUUUGAAUUUCUUUUAUCAGCAGGUGAAAAACGACUAUAUGUUAGAAAUAGCUGAUCAAGUGGACCAGGAAAUUGCUUUGAAGUUGGGUUGCCUUGAAAUACGGAGAUCAUACUGGGAGAUGAGAGGCAAUGCCCUAGAGAAGAAAUCUAACUAUGAAGUAUUAGAAAAGGAUGUUGGUUUAAAGAGAUUUUUUCCUAAGAGUUUGCUGGAAUCUGUCAAGGCCAAAACCCUCCGAAAACUGAUACAGCAAACAUUUCGUCAGUUUGCCAAUCUUAAUAGAGAAGAAAGUAUUCUGAAAUUCUUUGAGAUUCUCUCUCCUGUGUACAGAUUUGAUAAAGAAUGCUUCAAAUGUGCUCUUGGGUCAAGCUGGAUCAUUUCCGUGGAGCUGGCAAUUGGCCCAGAAGAAGGCAUCAGUUACCUUACAGACAAGGGCUCCAAUCCUACACAUCUCGCAGACUUCAAUCAAGUUCAAACCAUUCAGUAUUCAAACAGUGAUGACAAAGACAGAAAAGGAAUGCUGCAACUCAAAAUAGCAGGAGCACCUGAGCCUCUCACAGUGACAGCCCCAUCUUUAACCAUUGCAGAGAAUAUGGCUGACUUAAUAGAUGGAUAUUGCCGACUAGUUAAUGGAGCCACACAAUCUUUUAUCAUUAGACCCCAGAAAGAAGGUGAAAGAGCCUUGCCAUCCAUACCAAAGCUAGCCAACAAUGAGAAACAAGGAGUAAGGACACAUACAGUCUCUGUAUCAGGAGUCAGUCACUGUCAGCAUAAAGUUAAGAAAACCAAGCGCUUUCUUCCCUUGGUCUUCUGUUCCCAUGAGCCUCCACCUGCGGAUGAAAUUAGUGGGGACGAAACAGAUGACUAUGCUGAGAUUAUAGAUGAAGAAGAUACUUAUACAAUGCCCUCAAAAAGCUAUGGAAUAGAUGAAGCCAGGGAUUAUGAGAUACAAAGAGAAAGGAUAGAACUUGGUCGCUGUAUUGGAGAAGGCCAGUUUGGAGAUGUACAUCAAGGAGUUUACAUGAGCCCAGAGAAUCCAGCAAUGGCAGUUGCAAUUAAGACAUGUAAAAACUGUACCUCAGACAGUGUGAGAGAAAAAUUUCUUCAAGAAGCCUUAACAAUGCGCCAGUUUGACCAUCCACAUAUUGUGAAGUUGAUUGGAGUUAUAACUGAAAACCCUGUCUGGAUAAUCAUGGAGCUCUGCACACUUGGAGAGCUGAGGUCAUUUCUACAAGUGAGAAAAUACAGUUUGGAUCUGGCAUCUUUGAUUCUAUAUGCUUACCAGCUUAGUACAGCCCUUGCCUACCUAGAAAGUAAAAGAUUUGUGCAUAGGGACAUUGCUGCUAGAAAUGUGCUGGUGUCGUCAGCUGACUGUGUAAAAUUAGGAGACUUUGGUUUGUCUCGAUAUAUGGAAGAUAGUACUUAUUACAAAGCUUCCAAAGGAAAAUUACCUAUUAAAUGGAUGGCUCCAGAGUCAAUCAACUUUAGACGUUUUACCUCAGCGAGUGAUGUGUGGAUGUUUGGUGUAUGCAUGUGGGAAAUUUUGAUGCAUGGUGUAAAGCCUUUCCAAGGAGUGAAGAACAAUGAUGUAAUUGGUCGAAUUGAGAAUGGUGAACGGUUACCAAUGCCUCCAAAUUGCCCUCCUACCCUCUACAGCCUUAUGACAAAAUGCUGGGCAUAUGACCCCAGCAGACGACCCAGGUUUACUGAACUCAAAGCACAGCUCAGUACAAUUCUGGAGGAGGAGAAGCUUCAACAAGAAGAACGAAUGAGAAUGGAAUCAAGAAGACAGGUCACAGUGUCCUGGGAUUCAGGAGGCUCAGACGAAGCUCCUCCCAAGCCCAGCCGACCUGGUUAUCCUAGUCCAAGAUCUAGUGAAGGCUUUUAUCCUAGUCCACAACAUAUGGUACAAGCCAAUCAUUACCAGGUCUCUGGCUAUCCUGGUUCUCAUGGAAUAACAGCCAUGGCUGGUAGCAUUUAUCCUGGUCAGGCAUCUCUGUUGGAUCAAACAGAGUCUUGGAACCACCGACCUCAGGAGGUAUCAAUGUGGCAGCCCAACAUGGAGGACUCUGCCACAUUGGAUAUGAGGGGAUUAGGCCAAGUCCUUCCAGCACAUCUUAUGGAAGAGAGGUUGAUACGACAGCAGCAAGAAAUGGAAGAAGAUCAGCGUUGGCUUGAGAAGGAAGAAAGAUUUUUGAAACCUGAUGUGAGGCUCUCUCGAGGCAGCAUUGACAGAGAGGAUGGAAGUCUUCAGGGUUCGACUGGUAACCAGCACAUAUAUCAGCCUGUGGGUAAGCCAGAUCACGCAGCUCCACCAAAGAAACCCCCUCGCCCAGGAGCACCCAGCCAUCUGGGAAGUCUUGCGAGCCUCAGCAGCCCCGUGGAUAGCUAUAAUGAGGGAGUGAAGCCAUGGAGGCUGCAGCCCCAGGAAAUCAGCCCCCCUCCCACUGCCAAUCUGGACCGCUCCAAUGACAAAGUCUAUGAGAAUGUAACUGGCCUGGUGAAAGCUGUAAUAGAAAUGUCCAGCAAGAUCCAGCCCGCGCCUCCAGAGGAAUAUGUUCCUAUGGUAAAGGAAGUUGGCUUGGCCCUAAGAACAUUGCUAGCAACAGUGGAUGAGACCAUUCCUGUGCUCCCGGCAAGCACUCACAGAGAGAUCGAGAUGGCCCAAAAGCUGUUGAACUCGGACUUGGGGGAGCUGAUCAACAAGAUGAAACUGGCGCAGCAAUACGUCAUGACGAGCCUCCAGCAGGAGUACAAAAAGCAGAUGCUGACCGCCGCUCACGCCCUGGCUGUGGACGCCAAAAACCUGCUAGACGUCAUUGACCAGGCCAGACUGAAAAUGCUGGGCCAGGCCAGGCCGCACUGAGCUCUCCGGAGGGUCUCCUCAGAGUCAUCUCCCACCUUCCACCAGCAGUGAAGAAGAAUCCUGCGUGUUCCUCGGGGUGCUACCGACGCCUGCUCCAUCUUGUAGAAUGACAGCUGGUACAAAACUGUUGCUCAUUUCAAGUUUAACUGCAGACUUUUUUUUGUGGUUCUUUCUUUUUUUUUUUCUUUUUUCUUUUUGAUCAUGAUGUUCAAAUGGUCUGGGAUCCAGAAAUAGGACUUUUUGAGAAUGAAGUUUAUACACCAAAAGCUCGUAACUCACAAAGAACGGUUUCCUUUUCCAUACCAUUCUAGAGGAUGUGUGUGGCCCGGUGUGGUCAAGGGAUUAACAUUUUGAAGCUUGACCUGUACAAGCUGUAGACUGGAAAAAAAAAAGAAAAAAAGAAAAAGAAAAAGUAUUGUCAAGUGGAGAAUUCUGGGAAACCCAAAGGGCUGAGAAUUCUUUUGCCUACAGUACAGAUAUUAUCCAGACUGGAAUUUUUUAAAAUUGAAAUACUUUUAAGUUGCAAUAUGCUAAUCCCAAUUUACAGAGAAAGAAAAUCAAAGCUAUAUUUUGAAGACUUCAGUCAUUUCAGAACAAACUAAAGUUCUUUCCAUCUUUCCUGCCUUUUCCUUUCAUGUGGAUGUGUGAAGCAUUUGGUUGGAAAGUAGCUAUAGAACACAACUGAAAAAACUCUUCUCUUUUUUCACCAGAAUAAUGUGCCAGUUUUUUGUAGCAAUGUUAUUUUCCACGAAAGCAGAAAUGCUGCUUUGUACCAGAGCACACUUAAAGUGCAUUUGGAAAAGAGGUUCUGUACCCAUCCCUGUUCCCCAUUUUUAUAUAAUUUAUAAAGAAAGAUUAAAGCCAUGUUGAAUAUUUUAAAAAGCCGCUGUAGUUAACUAACCCAUCAUUGUGUGUCCUCCUUCUGGGGAAAGCACUCCCACAGAGUGGUUGUGUUUUCCUUUGUUUUCGAGUUAUUCCAUCCUUUCUGUUAAAUAAUAAUGAAAAAAACACACUCCCUUUAGUUUGUUGGGGGAAAUAAAUUAUUCUCAGGAAGAAUAUAAUGAACUGUACAGUUACUUUGACCUAUUAAAAAGGUGUUACCAGUGAA